AUGCAGGAGCAGCCGGAGAGGACGCGGAGCUCCCCGGAGCGGGCUGACAAGCCAAGGGACACAGAGGGGACAGAGCCGCCCCGGGAACAGCCAUCUAUAGGGGACACAGAGGGGACAGAGCCGCCCCGGGAACAGCCAUCCAUAGGGGACACCGAGGGGACAGAGCCGCCCCAGGAACAGCCGUCUAUAGGGGACACCGAGGGGACAGAGCCGCCCCGGGAACAGCCAUCUAUAGGGGACACAGAGGGGACAGAGCCGCCCCGGGAACAGCCAUCUAUAGGGGACACAGAGGGGACAGAGCCGCCCCGGGAACAGCCAUCUAUAGGGGACACCAAGGGGACAGAGCCGCCCCGGGAACAGCCAUCUAUAGGGGACACCGAGGGGACAGAGCCGCCCCGGGAACAGCCGUCUAUAGGGGACACCGAGGGGACAGAGCCGUCCCAGGAACAGCCGUCUAUAGGGGACACCGAGGGGACAGAGCCGCCCCGGGAACAGCCAUCUAUAGGGGACACCGAGGGGACAGAGCCGCCCCGGGAACAGCAAUCCAUAGGGGACACCGAGGGGACAGAGCCGUCCCAGGAACAGCCGUCUAUAGGGGACACCGAGGGGACAGAGCCGCCCCGGGAACAGCCGUCUAUAGGGGACACCGAGGGGACAAAGCCGCCCCAGGAACAGCCGUCUAUAGGGGACACCGAGGGGACAGAGCCGCCCAGGAACAGCCGUCUAUAG